UGAGGUGAGAUAUCGCGGACGGUCAGAUUAAGUUUGAAAAAUCGGGUUGUAUUUUGGUGGUUUAUAACUUAAAUUCAACAUUGAUUUGCGAAGAUUUAGCUGUCCAUUUCUUCUAGAUAUCUCCCCAUACACGCAUGAUUUCAAAAGUUGUUUUGGUGCUAGCGUCAUGUGGUAAUGUGUGUAAAGGGUGUGACAGGUCCGCAUGGCCUGCCGUCGCAGCCAGCCCAAGCAGCGCGAACAGCAGCAGCCAAGUCACCAUGGUGAAGACGUUCCAGGCCUAUCUACCACAAUGUCACCGCACCUACUCGUGCAUACACUGCCGGGCGCACCUCGCCAACCACGACGAACUCAUUUCCAAGUCAUUCCAAGGCAGCCAAGGUCGAGCUUAUUUGUUCAAUUCAGUAGUAAAUGUGGGUUGCGGACCCGCGGAAGAGCGAGUUCUAUUAACAGGUCUUCACGCCGUUGCCGAUAUUUAUUGCGAAUGUUGUAAAACCACCUUAGGUUGGAAAUAUGAACACGCGUUCGAAUCCAGCCAGAAAUACAAGGAGGGCAAGUUUAUCAUAGAGCUAGCACAUAUGAUCAAAGAGAACGGCUGGGAUUGACAAUAUUGAAAAAUCCAAAAUUGUGACCUACUCGAGAUGCCCGUAAAGGCUCUCAAAAAUAAACAGACAACCUCUUAUAGACUCACGUUAAAUAAUAACUUUUGUUUCCUCGACUGGACCUAAACGGCCCGAGAAGAUCAAGUGAUAAGGACUAAAAUAGUUAUGUUCGAGACGAGAGAAAGUUCAUGUGUCUGGACCUACGCGUUUAAGUUUUCUCCAUAUUGCGCAAUAGUUAAUAAGUUCAUCACCGGAUAGUCGAAGGGCGAAUGUUUCUGCUGGGAGGAACCGGAAGUAACUUGGUCGUCAUUAAAGUUUCUGAAUGUCGUCAGCUUGGUAGCAAGGCACCUUUUCUCACCAAAUCUUCUACCCCUUACUCCAAUUAUUCACAUAGGGAACAAUGUGCAAUGUUCUAACGUAACCCAAACCUUCAUUUGUAUACAAUAAAAAAAAAGAACAAGUUCAAGCUCUCCGCAAAGCAUUCUGUGUUAGAAAAAAAAAAACUUUGUCUGUGUUAAUGAAUCUGUGGUAAAAUGACGAAGAAUGGAUCUAUGGUGCUUAACUGGAGCACCCUUGCACUGUUGUCAAAUUAUUUAAAGACAUUUCAGAGCGUGACAGAGCGUAUAAAAUUGCCACGUUCGCAACAAAUAUGAAAAUUAACAGUGUGUUAUAGGAAAUAAUUUAUUUAUAUAACUGAUACGUGUAACACUGGUUUUCGAGUUAAGAGUUAUAUUUUUAACGCGUCAGCGGGGUCCGAACCGACGGUACCGGAUGGGACAACAUUUACAACUUUUUUCGGUUGCCUAUAAAUCUUCCCAAGAUGCCGUAUUACGUACCCCAUUCAUGAUUUUUGGAAAUGUUUAUGCCUAUCGAGAGAGGUGUGUAGACUAAUGAUUUUGUUCCCAACGAGUUGAUCAGAGGGAAACCAUUUUUCAUUUUACGGAAGAAAAAUCAUUAGAAUAUUUCACUUUUGUUCUAAAAAGUGAUUCGAAAUACAGUACCUAAUAGAUUUUAUCCUUAUAACUCGACAAUAUACUAUUUAUUUUGUUAGGCGGCAGAUAUAAAAAUUUUUAAAGCUUUUUGGGAAACGAUUGAAAAAUAAUUUGUGGCAUAUUUUUAUUUCUGAAAAACUAAAUACUCCUUGUCAGAACCAAAUAAAAAUUUUCUCUGUACGUAAAAUGGUUUUUUCAUAUGUGGUAUUAAACAAUUUUUGAAGAUAAUCGGCCUAUUUUGAAAUUUUUUGUUUUGAUAAAUCACUAAAUUGCAAAAUUGAAACCGAUCAUCAACAAAUUUGGGACAUUAACGUACAUUUUAUAUAAAAUCACAUUAAUUCCCCAAAAUAUCAAAUUUUUGCUCAAAAAUUUUCUGUCGGUGCCAUGAACUAUUUAUACAUGCAUUAAUUAACAAUUAUUGGGUUUUGAGGAUAAAAUUGACUAAGUAUUACAUUUCUAAUUAUUCCAGAAUUCAGGGCACCCUGUAUAUGGUGGCUCACUUAAAACUACAUUUUUGUACAUUUGAACACACCCAAAAUCUUUAAACGAGAAUUACUUCACAAAAUUGAGAAUAAAAAAGUUUUCCCUCUUUUCAAUACACCGUAUAUAUUAUCAUUAACACACAUCCGUUUAUUAUCGUUUCUAAUUUAUGUGCACUGUGUAUUAGCAAGGUGACACCUGCAAAUAAUUGUGUUUUAAAAGAAUGUAGAGAGGUAUUAUAAAUCCUUUCGUAUAAUUCGUGUCCAGAUAAAGUUUCUUAUCACCCGUUUUAGACAAGUAUUGCCAAAAAUGCCGUGUGAUAAGGGUAUAAUAAAUCUUCCAUCAGCAACUACUUACAGUGGUGUGAUGUAAGGACGGUGGCGUCGAUAGAGGUUCGAUUCAAAUUCAGAUUUAACAUAUCAGAUUUGAUAUUUGACAGUAGUUUGCGUUUGGAUUUUAAUUGAAUUAUGUUAAAAUCGUUUACAAAAGUAAAAUACUUUAUAAAAAAAAAUGUGUAAACUAUUGAAUUCCAGAUGUUAAUUCUGACUCUCUAUUAAAUAAAUGUAUCAAUCAAAAUGGCUGUGACCAGUGUUGGAAAGGCAAAAAUGUUCUCAACGUGUGCUUUUUUUUAACUACUUUUUUAUGAAGCACUUAAGAAAAUUUUUGAGAAAAUCGGAGAAUAUUCAGCAUUCUCAUGAAAAUGUUCAAGAACAAUGAAAAUUUUCAUAAUUUUAAAAAAUUAUAACAUUUCGUUAUAAUUUAUAUUAUUUUGUAACAAUUAUAUCAUGUAGAACAUAAAUUUGCAGGUAAUGCUUAUUUAUUCUUGUUUAAUCCAAGCAAAUUAGAUUUUUACGUACCAAAAUUUAGUUCAGUAAACAGACAUGUAAAAAUUAGAAAAUAUUCCGUAGA